UGUUCAGUCACAGUUCUCUGUUCGAACUCAAAGUGACAACAUAGGUUCAUUAACCUUCCAGUGGUUUAUUGUGCAUAAAUAAAUAAAAUAAUCGAAGAAAAUGGCCGCCUACAAAGUCGUACUAGCACUCGCCGUCUUAAUUGCUGUCGUAAAAGCGCAGAGACCUUUCUACGCUGGACUGAGCCCAAUUGGAUACCCAACGGUGGAAGCAGACCUCAUUUCGAACAGAUUCGGUGAAGAUGAAGACUUCCCAAUAGACGCCAGAGGUGAUAGGAACCUCAUUAAUAGAUUGGACGCCCUUCCCGUUGACAACCAGCCCUUCUGGUACCUCAACUGGAGGCAAUAUGAAAACUUCAGACGCAACCCACAAGCCUACCCCCAGAGGCCGAACAACUUCAUCGGUACCAGAUAAUCGGAAGAAUCGAGGAAGUGCAUCGAUUUAGAAUCUCUAUUUUAUGUAUUCGAUUCAUGACUGACAAUUUAAUUCGAAUCGAAAUUGGAAUUUGAUAGAACUGGUUUGACUUUCGAACGUCCGCCUGAGAUUCUGAAUUUAAACAGUAUUAUUAAAUUUCGUUUGUUUUUUUUUGUAGUUUGUGCGAUGCAAGGAGUUAGGAGUGACGUAAAAAUGUAAAUUGUUUUACGAAUUUAAAACGUUCCAGUCAUUGGAUUAACGAAUUAAUUUAUUUUUAUAAUAUAAACACUUAAUCAGUGUUCGUGUUGUAAACAUUGGAAUUAUGCCAUUGUAUUGCAUUUAUUGUAGUUUCUUGUAAAUAUAAAUUUUGUUUCAUAAA